CGGAGAUUUUGACCACCCGAUUCCUCGCUCGUCUGAUUUUUCUUGCCCUGGAGCUUGAUUGAAUGAGAGACCGACCUCUGGCGCAGUAGCAAUGGCGGAGGCCGGUGAAACUGGAGAAGCCGCGUCGGGCGACGUCAAGCUUGAGCGCACUCCUACUUGGAUUGUGGCCUCUGUUUGCUUCGUUAUCGUCCUCGUUUCGCUCAUUGUAGAGCGUCUCCUCCACCACCUCGGAAAGGUUCUCAAGAGGAAGAACCAGAAGCCGCUCUUCGAUGCCCUCCAGAAGGUUAAAGAAGAAUUGAUGCUUCUGGGGUUCAUUUCUCUUUUGCUCACGGUGCUUCAAGGUGCGAUCCAAAAGAUAUGCAUCCCCGAAGAAUGGAACCACCGCAUGCUUCCCUGCGAGAUGGAGGACUCCUCCGACAGCCAUGGUACUUCCCACUUCCAGACUGUAUUUUCUGCUGGCGACUUUGGAGGCCGUCGAAGGCUGCUCUCCGGCGAUGAAUCGGGGUCAGACCAUUGCUUGAGAAAGGGAAAAGUUCCAUUGUUGUCUCUUGAGGCGAUACAUCAACUUCAUAUCUUUAUUUUUGUACUGGCAAUUACUCAUGUCACUUUUAGUGCCCUGACUAUGCUUUUAGGAGGAGCAAGGAUUCAUCAAUGGAAACAUUGGGAGGGAUCUAUCCAGGAAGAAAUCCAAGAAUAUGGUGUAGCUUCAGAAAAGGUCAUGCAUGUGGAUCAAUUUCAAUUCAUCAGAGAUCGCUUCAAGGGUAUUGGUGCAGUCUCAGUGAUCAUAAGUUGGUUGCACUCAUUUGUCAAACAGUUCUAUGGGUCGGUGACAAAAUCUGAUUACACCACCAUGAGAUUGGGUUUCAUCAUGACUCAUUGCAAAGCCAAUCCAAAGUUUGAUUUCCACAAGUAUAUGAUUAGGACACUCGAAGCUGAUUUUAAGAAAGUUGUUGGUAUAAGCUGGUAUCUCUGGGUGUUUGUGAUCAUUUUCUUGUUGCUGAAUAUUAACGGUUGGCACACAUAUUUUUGGAUAUCAUUCAUUCCUCUUAUUCUUCUGCUUGCUAUUGGCACUAAACUGGAGCAUGUAAUUACCCAGUUGGCUCAUGAUGUUGCUGAAAAACAUUCUGCAAUCCAAGGAGAUUUGGUUGUUCAACCCUCCAACGAUCACUUUUGGUUCCACCGCCCACGAAUUGUCCUGUACAUGAUACACUUCAUCCUGUUUCAAAAUGCCUUUGAAAUCGCAUUUUUCUUCUGGAUCUUUACCACAUAUGGUUUCAAUUCAUGCAUCUUGGAUCAAGUUGGUUUUAUAGUCCCCAGACUUAUAAUCGGGGUCAUCAUUCAACUUCUCUGCAGCUACAGCACACUGCCUCUCUAUGCUAUUGUCACUCAGAUGGGGAGUUACUUCAAAAAAGCUAUAUUCUAUGAGCAUGUGCAAGAGGGGCUUUUAGGUUGGGCGCGGAUGGUAAAGAAGCGCAAGGCUGGAAAGCCGGGCAAUAUCCUCGCCAAAACAAAUAGAAGUGAGGAUGAAUCUUCGAGGCUGGUCAAGAUGCAAAGUCAGGAUGGACAGAAAACAGAGGCCGACAUAGAAGAAGGUUGAUCUGGGAUUAACUAGAUCAAAUAUAUCUAUGAUCACACAUACACUAAUACACACAUAUAUAUAUAUAUUUCCGAUGU